CAGCUGGCAUCAAACGAAACCACAAACUUCCUAUCAGAAGCGCAACAUCUCAAGAGCUACAUUCACUAUGCGGCAGCUUACGGAACAGGAAACGAAAACUCUAUUCGAAAAGCUGGCAACAUACUGCGGCAAAGGCAUCCAAGGCCUGAUUACCGCUGGCGGAUCCGAGCGUCACGUGUUUCGUGUCCAGGGCAGCCGAGUCUACUAUGUCAGAGAAUCAUUGGCCAACCUCGCCACAUCAGUCAAACGAGAUGCCUUGCUCUCCCUGGGCACCUGCUUAGGGAAGUUCACGAAGACCGGGAAGUUUCGCGUUCACAUAACCGCCUUGCCCAUAAUCGCACCACAUGCGCGGUACAAAGUUUGGGUGAAAAGCAAUGGAGAGAUGCCAUUUCUGUACGGGGGCAAUGUGCUUAAGGCGCAUGUGGGCCGCUGGAGUGAGGAUUGCCCCGAGCAUCAAGGCGUGGUCGUCUUGAGUAUGAACGACACGCCACUAGGCUUCGGUGUCAGCGCACGAUCAACAGCUGAGGCGAGGAAGCUGGAUCCGACGGGCAUCGUCACGUUCAGACAAGCAGAUAUCGGGGAGUAUCUGAGAGAAGAAGAUACGCUGUUCACUACAUAAGGACUACAACUGCGCUACCGGACGAGGGAUGUGGACUAGGUUUCCACGUUCGAAAUAUAAAUCCUUCAAGCAGCUUUAUUCCGCG